CCACAGGAAAAAAUUUCAGCACCCAGAACAGACCUCAGGAGCAUUUGCGCAAGUUGACCAGUUUGUAGAUGUUCUUUAGUGCAUUAGUUUAAUUGAGCUCUAGAAUAUCUGAAUUAACUCUGGACCCUCUGGAUUAACAAGAUCAUUAGUUUGGUCUUUUUCACCUUUAAAUAAGGCAUCAAAAUGAGUACAUAUAAAAUCUCAAAUUUGCUCAUCAUUUUGAUACUUUAUACUCUGGAUUUGUCAGACUCUUCACCUGAAGAAUGCAAAGAUGAGAUGGAGCGGCUCCGUGCUCAGUUGAAGAGUCUGGAACUUCUUGAUACAAAGCAACAGCAACUUAUCCAACGAUUGAUGAAUCUCAACCAAAGGGAUGAACUUUCCCUAAAGGAGGGCAAAUUUUAUGACCUGGGAGACAAACAAUAUAUGGACUGUGCUCAGAUAUUCAAAAAUGGAAACACGCAGAGUGGAUUUUACAGAAUUAAACCUUUGCCAAGUACAACCCAGAUCAGAGUGUACUGUGAUAUGACUGACGGGGGUGGAUGGACAGUAUUCCAGAGACGCACAAAUGGUAGUCAGUCAUUUGAAAGAGAUUGGAAUGAUUACAAAACAGGAUUUGGUGACAUGCAAUCUGCUAAUGGAGAGUUCUGGUUAGGAAAUGAUAAUCUGCAUUAUCUGACAUCUCAAGACGAUUACACCUUGAGAAUCAAUCUGGAAGACUUUGAGGGGAGCCAACGUUUUGCAGUGUACAAAAAUUUCAAAGUGAAUAAUGAGCAGAACCAUUAUCAGCUGCAGUUUGGUCACUACAUAGGAAAUGCAGGGGAUGCUCUCUCUGGAAGUUAUCACCCUGAGGUUCAGUGGUGGGCCAGCCACCAGGGAAUGAAGUUCAGCACACGAGAUCGGGAUAAUGACCGUUAUGACCGUAAUUGUGCUCAGGAGGACAAGGGUGGCUGGUGGUUUAACAGAUGUCACUCUGCCAAUCUGAAUGGACUCUACCACAGAGGUCCAUACAGCGCAGACACUGAUGAUGGAAUAGUGUGGUACCCAUGGCAUGGCUGGUGGUACUCCCUCAAAUCUGUGCAGAUGAAGAUCAGACCAACAAGCUUUGAGCCUGAUGAUGUCGAAUGACUAAUGUAUCUGAGCACUUACUUAUAUCUGAACUAUGGAAGCGAUGGUAUUGUGGACGAUGCCAAAUAACAUCGUAGUAACUGUUCAAUUCUUAACUUUUUACAAAUCUAGUUUAAAAUCUCUUGUUUGCAUGUAGCACAAUAAAGUUGUCAAA